AUGAAGUUUGGUCACGAUUUUAAGGAAACCCUACGAGCUCAAGAUUUUCCUGCUCAUUGGGUAGAUCAUGCUAUUCCUUAUAGUCAGCUCAAGAAAUGUCUCAAGAAAGUAGCGCGUGAGUUGCAUGAGCUUGGGCUUGAUCCCGAGACGUUGCGCGAACUUCUUAAUCCCGACGCAACGUCACCCGUGGCCCUGAAGUAUAAACUCAACGAUGGUACUGACUCCCACCUCCGUCCAAAACUCACUGUUCAGGUUCACCUGCAAGAUGGUGUACCCGUUGAUGCUUCGCUUGCACCCAACACGCGCGACUUUCUUAAUAAGAUUGCCAUUAACCUGCCACAAAACGAGUGGGCAAAUACCACCAAAUCGCCGAAACCGAACUUUGCAGACAAGGCUACAACCGCCGACCCCAUUAUCGAGACCUCCAAUGAGACAACCACUGUUACACCAUCUACCGAAGCCCUCGAUGCGCUCGCCGACGAAGCCGACAGCAAGCUUUCUAUCGUCCUCGACGAAUACAAGACAUCCCAAGUUACCGCGACGUCGACAACCGACUCUGAGAACAUUCAGGCACUCCUUGAAGCCUCAGCGACUUCGCCAUUAACUAAUGCGAUUGCCGGCACGUACGAGGUCAUCGAGGUUCCACUCGUAUUCGAUGCAGAAUUCUUCGAGAUGCUCCAGAGCGAUGUGAAUCACCUCGACGCGCUGCAAACAGAAGAGGAGAAAGCAAUGACCUCGGAAAUCGUUGCGCUUGGGAAGGAGGUUGAACAAGUGGUGAAGCCGAAGCGGUUCUCCAAAACUGACCUAGCACGAUGGCGACAAAUAUUCGAACUUUACUUGGACGCUGAAGUGUUCUUCGCUACCCACGAACAAGAUCACGGAGAGCGCACGAGUCAAGUGGCUCUCAGGCAGUUAAAGUGGUUCCAGGAUCAAGUGGCUAAGCAGAAUCUCGUUCAGGAUUUCAAGCUUCCCGAGAGCAAGACGGCAUUUGCUCGCUUCCUGAAUUUAAACGCGUCCCUUCUCAAGAACAUGCAGUUCCAGGAGCUUAACAGGACAGCUGUUGCCAAGAUCCUCAAGAAAUUUGAUAAGCGGACAGCGUUGGGUGUCGCAAGAAAGUUUCCCACAGUUGUCCACUCGGACAAGCUCUUGGCUGGGACUAUCGCCAGGGAUGUUUGCGCACAAAUGUCGCAAGAGCUCGUUUCCAAGGUCCCUCAGCUGAACGACUAUCUUUGUCCAGUCUGCUUCUCGGUAGCGUACAUGCCAGUCCGUCUGGACUGUCAGCACGUGUUCUGUAUUCGCUGUGUCAUCAAGAUCCAACGCCGCAAAGAGAAGCACUGCCCACUGUGCAGAGCUGACGUUGUUCUGAAAGCAUCUGCCAUGAAUCUCGACUACGAGCUUCAAAAGUAUAUGAAGAAAUACUUCGCCAAGGAAGUCAAAGAAAAGGAGCGUGCCAACGAGAUUGAGCGUGGCGUUGAGGAUUACGGACCUGGCUAUGUGCACCAGGAAUGCUGCAUAAUGUGA